UGAGUGGCUGGAGUGUUUGCUUCUAUAAAUAGUUACUUUAUGUCAGUUAGAUGCCAAUCUUUUUGGAGAGGGUCAGUCCCCAGUUUGUCUUGGUACAAGGCAUCAUGCAGACCCAAGAACAAGCAUAGAAAUCACUUGGGACCGGAUAGGUCAUCCCCAUUCAUCACAAACUCCAUAAACUUCACCCAAAGCAUCAGGAUCACUGUUCUCCAGAACAAUAAGGUAAGUGUAUUGUUUCCUGAAAUAAUCUGACAUUGGUUGUCCUAUGAGCCGGCCACUUCUAAACUUACGAACAGUAAAUGGACAACAUACAAUUUCUUGCACUUGUUUUGCAAUGCUUAUUUCUCUAGAUGGUUGCUGAAUAACAUGCGCUAGCUCAAAGAUUUGACUAUUUCAUCAAUUUUUGGAGGGUUUGUAAAAGAUGUGGUGUUUCAGAGGCUGCAGGUAGGAAAAUAACACUGAAGUCAUUCAUGGAUGGGUAUAUAACUAUACAGUGGUACCUCAGGUUACAUACGCUUCAGGUUACAGACUCCGUUAACCCAGAAAUAGUACCUCGGGUUAAGAACUUUGCUUCAGAGUGAGAACAGAAAUCGUGCUCCGGCAGCAGGAGGCCCCAUUAGCUAAAGUGGUGCUUCAGGUUAAGAACAGUUUCAGGUUAAGAACGGACCUCUGAAACAAAUUAAGUACUUAACCCAAGGUACCACUGUAUAUACAAUAUGGAAGCUGAAGGAGGCUUGCCCAUCCUUGUGAAGAUAAGCAGGCAUGCGAAGAGAUAAGAAGGCCCGUGUCACUGUGUCACAUAGUUCACUUUGUACAUUCAAGAAACAGUUGACUCAUUGGGGCUUCAUAUGCAGUGUUAGUACAACAUGCAUCCUUUCCUCUGUGUGCAAGAAACAGUUCCCGAUAGCUGAAGUGAAAAACGCAGAAUAUUAUUCAGCUCCUGAGGCCAUUACUGAAUAGCAUCAAAAUGUCUCUUUCCGUUCUCCUUGUAGUAAGAAAAUCGCACCGGACUAUUACAAUGCUCUCACAUUCUGACAUGGUCAAAGAGAGGAGGCAGCAAGCAUCCGCCAUCAUGAAAGAAAUCCAGAGAAAUGGUAUAGCGUUAAAUCCCUGUUAUGACUGUAUGUCCCUUGUCACUCUCUAACCUUUCUUUUUAAUCUUAUAGCAUUAACUUUCUUACAGCUUUGCCUCUGGGUGUGCUGCCAUAAAUAAUCUCAUGGGGCUAUCAUGCUGCCUAUGGUAACUAAUCCUUUUGUAGUUGCCUCUUUUCAUUUGAAAGCUAUUUUCAGAUGAACAACUGUUGUGGAGGAAUGAAGUAAUCUAACAGCUGAUGUACAUUCUGCCUGGGAUUGACUUUCGGAAUAUUAUUUGGGGAGGGGGGUUAAUAUGUCUGGAUUCCCUAUUACAGAACUAUUCACGCAGGGAAGAUGUAUCUCUCCUCAGUUUUAGAGCUGUCUUUUGUAUUUUCAAAAAUUGCAACAAAAAAACCCCCCACAAGGAUAUUUGUAAUAUACGCUGUGUUUCAAUUUCCGCCUCCACCCACUCAAAGCUGUCUGUAGUCUUAUCCAACCAUUCAAGGCGCAGUUCCCAACUAAUCUCUGUUAAGAAAUGUUUUGCAUUAGGGUUUUUUGCCAUCUUUGGAGGAGAAUUCUGACAGGCUUGUUUGACUGAUCUACAUUUCCACAAGAAGCAGUAGGAAAUAUGGCUUACUAUAGAGAUGACCAAACCAGUGGAACUAAGCAGCCUUCAUCUGAAGACCACUACUGAGGGUAGGCCCCCAAAUCAUAUCACCCUCUUCUCUUCACCAACCCCAAAUGCUGAAUCUCACAUCUAAACACCCAAACAUUCUUCAGUCAGUUUAUGCACACAUAUUCACUCACAUGCAAAACCAGGCUGUUCUUAUCUAGUGGCUAGAUAAGAUUUUCCCCUGCCUCUUCCAGAAAUGUCACUUGUCUGUCAUUUUGUUGGAUGGGUUUGCUGUCUGACGUUUCUCUAUUAGAAACCAGGGCAUAUACACCCAUAGCUCUAUGGCUCCCAGUUCUUCUAGUACACCCUGAUUUAUUUAUUUUUUUAUAUUAUUAUUAUUAUUAUUAUUAUUAUUAUUAUUAUUAUUUGAAAUGUCACUAUUAGUUUUUGGGAGUAAGAUGAUGUGUGAUCGUAAACUUUAAUAAUCACAUGUCAGCUAAAUGUGAAAAAAGUGUUUCCUGAAAUGGUCAAGGAUGCUGCAUUUUGAAGUUAAUAUUACAGAAAUCUGCUUGACUAGGCAUUCCCCCACUGGCUUGUUUGUGAUAUCAUAAGCCCUGUUAGAGAGCAGGAGAAAAUCCAGUGACCUGCCUUUUCAGGAGACUCAGUCAAGGCCUGUUUCUAUCUCAAGGGCUGGUCUGUUUUCAGAUUGUUCCUUCCCUCAUACCAGUGUAAGCUGGCAGGGAGAUGGAUUUUGCAAAAGUUUUCCAAAGACUUCAAGUGUUCUGUGGUUAAUUUAUUUCCUGGUUUCAUCGUAUGUUAGGGCAGUGCCAUAUGGCCCCAUUUCUGAAUGUAUUUCCAUUCAGCCCAGAUAGGAUAUGCACAAGGGAAAGUGGCCAUUUGAAUACCAUAUGCUCAGAUCCUCGCUUGCACUGUCUGUGGACUGGAAACAGAACCUAAAACUAGUAAUGACAUGAAUCCAGAAAUUGUAAAACACAGCUCUGAAGUUACCUUUGAAUCUGCAAACUGAAGGCAGAUAGACACAUACUUCAUAGAGACUCCCAUUGCAUAAUUUUUCUCCCUCAUACUAGGGCUGCCACCAUUUAACCUGGCAUCCUAUGGACAUAGCUGUCAACUGUUCCCUUUUCUUGUGAGGAAUCCUAUUCGGAAUAAGGGAAUUUCCCUUAAAAAAGGGGGAAAGUUGACAGCUAUGCCUAUGGACAGUCGGCCAUUUCAUGCAUCCAUGGAUCAAAACAAUUAGGCCAUCAAGAGGUUUGCUGUGACCACAGCAAAUGCAUGUGCAGCUAGUUACACGGUGUUAAUUAUUUUAAUUAUUAAAUACUAAACUUGAAAAGGGAUCACAGUGCCUAAGAGGUAUUACAGCCCCUUAUUAGUUCACAUAGGAAUUUUAUUUUCAGAAAGGCUAUGACAACACAUCUAUUUCUACAUGGGGUGGGGAAGUAUCCUUAUUCAUUCUCUCGCUUUUAAAGCGUUGUUGCUCUCUGGUGCUGCAAAACACAUAGGUCCAAAUUCAAAAGCUUCCCUUUCUCUAGUGGAAGGAGUCAUCAGUGAAAGGAAGCGAUACAAGCCAUAAUUUUGUAAUGAAAGGCAGAACACGUUGAAAUUUCUUCAGAUCACAUAAUCAUAGAAUUGUAGGGUUGGAAGGGACUAUGAGAGUUCAUCUAGUCCAAACCUCUGCAAUGCAGGAACUUUUUUGCCCAACGUGGGGGCCCAAACCCACAACUUUGAGAUUCAGAGCCUCAUGCUCUACUGACUGAGCUAUAAUUCAACCAUAAAUAAUACCCUAGUUCUGUCCCUUUAAUCUGAUGAGCAGGUUUAAUAAUAAUAAUAAUAAUAAUAAUAAUAAUAAUAAUAAUGGUGGUGGAAAUUUGGUUUUAUUAUUUAAUAAUGGAGAAAACAUGAUUUUUAAAAAAAUAAUAGGGAAAAGGACAUCUUAAACAUUUUUAAUGUGAAACUUUCUUUUUUUAAUUAAGUAAUUUCACCAAUCAAAUCACCCUGUCCAAUGUGUUUCAGUAAAUCCAUGCGCUGUGUUUAGGAGCCAGAUGUAAAAUAUUAUAAUAAGCCCAGAAAGCCACAUUUUCUGGUAUCUGUUGACUGGCUUUUUCCUUUAUAUUAUUUCCUUUUUGUUGUAUUAUUUCCUUUAUAUCCACUAAAUCAUUUGGUUUCACAUAGGAAGUGCUGUAAUCUCUCCAGAGAAAGAUAAAUUCAUCCCCUCUCUGGAAGAAUCUGCAUUUCCCACCAUAAACUUCAUCUUUCCCCCAUCAUACAAAUUUGUGUUCAUAAACAACAUCAACAUAGUGUGACGUUUAUGGCAGUGUAAACUGCAUUAGACCUGAAGAAUUGCUUAAUUAACUGUACAAUUCUGUAUAAGUCUACUCAGAAAUGAGCCUGUUUGAGUUCAAAAGGACUUUCCUGGGAGUAGGGAUGGGGAAGAAAUUUGAUGCAGUUUGCUUUUAAAGAUGAACUUCCUUAAUUUACACCUUCCAGAACAAUAUGGGAACCGGAACACAACUAACCUUCAAAAUCUUCACUUCUCUGAAUUUUGUAAUGCAAUUCCCCAGCCAAGUAAUGUGUAAAAUAAAAAUAAAAAUGCAUAUACUAGGGUAAAGUGUGCAUAAAAAUGUGUACAAUAGUAAAAAGAAAAAUCACACAAAAUGCAUUACUGUAUAUAAAUGCAAAAAUUAAAAUACUAAGGAAAAUUGCAUAGAAAAAUGUGUAUUUUAGAAUAAAUUCAAAAUAAAAUGCUGAUAAAUUUCCAUGACGACAUAACAUCCCUGCCCCCCACCACCCACAAAAUGUUGUGGAAAUGUAGAGGGCUGAAGUUUCUAUUGGAAAAAUUAGAAAUGUAGAGAAACGAAAAUGGACAAAUCCACCCAUUCUUACCUGGGAGUAAGUCCCAGGUAUGUGUGCCUAGAACUGCCAAUUAAAUUGAACAAGUCCAUUGAUUUGACUGGGUCUACUGCUCCAUGGCUGAUAGAAGUCGGUAGGAAUCCUUGUAUUUUGGGUUUUCAUGUGAAUUUCCUAUAUGAGAUUGGCUUCCUCUUGUCUCCACCUUUUCUUUUCUUUUCUUCUCCUCAUCCUCUUUGCACUUAGCUAACAUCAGACAAGAUCUAUGCACAGCUUAAUUGAAACAGACUGCAGAAUUAUGUUUUAAUUGACAGAAGGCUCAAAUUAAUCUUACACUUAACAUUUCUGGGAAGCUGCCUAGACACACAAAGUGGUUUAAAUCCUCACUUGAAACAUGAGAUGACUAAUGAAAGUUCUGGAGCAGAAAGGCUGAGAGAAGCAUGUGUUUGAGGGAUUAAUCAAGUUCAAAUAUAUAACAUUCACUAGCAAGCGAUGUACAAGAGGUCAGUCUGCAAAAGCCAGCAAACCCUGUUUUAUUAAGACAAGAGAAGUUGUGCAGUGCAAUCUCAAGCAUGUUUAUUCCAGGGUACACAACCACAAAGUUCAGUAGGCACUUUAAUCCCUAGUAAGUGUGUUUAGGAUUACAGCCUAAAGCAGUGAGCCCAGACCUAAAUCAAAAUGCCAUUUUGAAAUCUGAAAGUAUUUUUGAUUUUCAGUUGGAAUAAGUUGAUUAUGGUACAGAAAGAGAAUAUUAUCCAGAAGUAUACAUAUCUCUCAUGUAUGUAUCUCUCCUGGUUUAGCAGAUGAAUUCUAAUGUGCCAAUGCUUUAUUUGCUGUAAUCUUAUGCUAUGAUGUUACAAAUAACCUUGGGGAAUUUUGCUGUAGGAUUUUAUUCGUUAGUUAUUUUGAUGGUGUAAAUGUAAAUUCUUAUGCUUAAGGCUAGCAUAAGCACAGAUUCUUAAAGAAAAACAAAUAUGCAACUGACUGCUACCAGUUCUUUUGAAAUCUCUUGUCCUCAACCCUGUGCACAUCUACACGGAAGUAAAUCCUACUGAGUUCAGUGGGAUAUACUGACAAAUAAACACACAUAGGACUGCAGCAUUUUUUAACAAAUAAGAUGGUUCAAUUUAGUUUUCCAACUAUAGUCAAGCUGUUUGAAUGAAUGCUUGGUUCUUAUUCAUAGUGGCUUCAAUCACCAACUCCAACCCAGAAAGUCAGGGAUUGCUGUUGAUGUAACAACACUUGCACAUGCAUUUUCCCAGUUCCAUAUGCCAGCUUAUCACCCAGCUCUUUGUCAGUGACAAGUAAGAAUUUUCUCCAGGUGGUCAGGCAGGGAAAUUUCUUUCUAUGAGAAAUCAGUCAUUUGAGGAAUGAGGGAGGACUGUGGAUAUGCCACAAAUGACUUGUGUUGGUAUGUAUAGGCAGACAAGCUAGUAAAAUGUUUUAUGAGCUACUGACUUCUCUGAACUUAUUUCUAAAUCUGUAAUCAGCAUUCUUAGCUCUUACAAUACUGGUCAACUGUUAGGCAGUCAGGAUGGGUAAGGAGAUUGGCUCUGGUUCUGGUUUCACUUGCCUGAAAGCUGAUCUGGGGAUUACUGUAUUUUCCCGUCUAUAAGACGCUCCCAUGUAUAAGAUUCCCCCUAUUUUGGGGGACUCAGAUUUAAGAAAAUGGGGGGAAGAUGUAUCUGUGUAUGACACCCCCUAAUUUUUGACAUUAUUUUUUUAGGGGAGGGAAACCUAGUCUUAUACACAGAAAAAUACGGUAAAUGAGGGGAGAACUGUGUACACCACUUUAAGAUCCUUGGAGAAAAAGGUGGGAUAUAAAGGCUAUAAAUAAAUAAAUCAGUCCAUCUAGAGAGCAACAUGUGCUGUAUGGUCUGCAAGGGAAGCAAAAGUCACUCACUUGCACCCUGCAUACAGAAUGUAGUUAAAUGUUGAGCUUUUGCACUGUUAGGCAGCAGAGACAAUACAUUACCCUUCAUUGUUGUUUUAGCACUCUGAGAAUUGCUCCCUGCAAGUUUCAUAACACCACAUUAAUUAACACAGCUUAUUAACCUUCUUCAUGCUACACAGGAUGUCCUGCUGUUGUUUUUGAGGUCUGAACUUACCCAACUCAAAACACAUUUUCUGAGUUUUUGUUCAUCGCUAUUUACAUUUGAAAGAGGACUGCCAGACUAAAACCACACUUACUUUCUGGAAUAUUCAGUUUGAGUUUCUCCCACUUUCCUGUGGAAAAUACCAACUGGCUGGCUGGCCAGGGAAAAACAUUUGGGGAUAAUUCAAGAUUCAUGAGACAGAAAUUUAAAAAUAAAGAGGAUUUGUCUGUGGAAAAAUAGUAUUUCCUCCUAUAAAAUAAAAUGGCAGAGACCCUGGUCCCAUAGUUUUAUGUAGCUGAGAGGUGGUACAUAAAAGAGCUUUUCUCCGAUAGAGCUCUGAUUGCAUUCUUUGACUGGGAGGUGGGAAAACUCAGUCCAUAUUUUCUAGAUCUGGCGUCCCCAAUAUGGCACCAGUGGGUACCCUCAGAGACACCCGCUUGCAACCUGCCAAGGCCUUCUGGGCCUCCCAUAACAGUGUAAAAACUGGAUGUCCCAGUUCAAGUAUCAUCCAGUCAAAGUUAAGUGCUUUGAGGACUCAUACAUAUCAGUGGACACAAUUAAUGUCAGCAGUGGACUGAGAUAUUCAGAUAAACAAAAAAUCCAUUGAGUGCUCCUCAUUGGCCACCCAAAUGACUCCAGAAAACCCACAAGUCAAUCCAAUCCAAAUCUUUAUUAUUGUCAUAGCAUGAAGGCAAUAGCUCCCCACCCUAACUGUUGCUUUGUGGUAACUGGAAUUCAGUGAGAUCUAUAUUAUUCUAUAGUAAGAGCUGUUUGACCGUGUAACAAACUUCCACGAGAGGUGGUGGACAGUUUCUUUGGUGGUUUUUAAGCAGAGGUUGGAUGGCCACCUGUCAUGUAUUAUUUAGUUGAAAUACCUGCAUUGCAGGUGGUUGGACUAGAUGACCCUCAGGGUCCCUUCCCACGCUACAAUUCUAUUAUCCUGCCUCUGAACAUGGAGAUUCUAUGGACCAAUGCCACACGAAGGUGUCCAGUUGUCAUCAGUGCACCACUGAUACUUUUCUGGAGCCCAGAGACCACUGAGUGACUCAGUCCCUGCCAUUUUCCCCUCAUGGUUUGCAUGUGUGGGCUGUGUAUCCUAGCAUCCCAUGCAUCCUAUCAACAUGAAUCUUUGGUUUAAUCUAGACUACAUAUGUUGGUUUCAUGAAUUUAUGAAGUGAGAGUUGCUGUAUGGAAGUAACAGCCUUUUCUCUCCCAAAUCCCCAUUGGGUUUCUGUGGCAAGUAAAAACCCUUUGCACGUUCUCAUGAUGUCUAUGGGUGAAAAAGUCUGCUGAUGGUCUCUUGCUUAAGGGAUCACACCCAGCUUUGCUUUGCCUCUGUUGAACCCUCCCACUGAAAUCAACAGAAUUUACUAGAGCUUAACUUUAGCUGAAUCAUACCAAUUACCUGGUAGAAUUUUUCUAAGAAAUGUGUACUUAUAUUAUUUUGCAGAAUCACCUGGAAUAGACCUUGGAAAAAAGGUCAGUAUCCCCAGGGACAUCAUGUUGGAAGAGUUGUCAUUGUUAAGUAACAGAGGAGCGCGGCUAUUCAAGAUGCGCCAACGGAGAUCUGACAAAUACACAUAUGAAAAUCUUCACUUUUUAUCCAGCAAGCCAAGAAAUGUGAGUAUUUUACACUCUAUCACUUUUUUGUGCAUGUCUGGCCUGCACAAUUAGUAACUCAUCAAAGUGAAUCUCAAGGGGCAAGAACAAGAAUCUCAAGGGGCUUAAAAAGGUCUGUCUGCCGUUCAUUCUGUUUAAUAGCUAGAAGUACUACAGUCCUGAAUAUUAGAUGUAAAACAAGAUACUACUAUCAUAAGCCACUGCAGACAAGGGAUAAAGCAAUCUGAUUUCAGCAUGGAAAAACAGGAUAUGAGGUAGCAGAGAACAGUUAAGAGCCCAGAAACUCUGAUAGCAAAGGGCAGAAGGAAGUAGACUAGAAUAAAAGGUGAGAACACUAAAUCACAAAAAAAUAAACAAGCAUAUGCUGCCCUUGGUCCUUUGGGAAGAAGGCAGGGUAUAAAUUAAAAUAAUAAUAAUAAUAAUAAUAAUAAUAAUAAUAAUAAUAAUAUAGAAGCAAGGGCAAGAGAUAGGAACCAUACAGAUAGGAAGAAAUAGCAAUGGAUACGUCAAAAAUAUGACAAAUUUUUAUUAUUGUUGAAAGGCUACCAAGCAAAACCUCAUACAAAAAAAUUAGAUUGCAGCCAGGUCCUGCACCCAGUUUGCAGUCCAAAAGGCAAAGUAAGAUUGUGAAAGGAAGGGGUAUAAUAGGAAAGGAACCAGAACUGAAAUGAGAUAAUAAGCAAAAACCAGAGAAAACAACAAAUACUCAGGUGUAGUUUAAAAUGGAAAAAAAAUGAUGGAGGUGUUCUGACAUCAGGAGGCAGGGCAUUCCAGAGAUAAGGAACAAAAAGAGGAAAGGGGUACAAAUAAGAGAUAAGAUUUUGCAGUUGACAAGAAGCAAAGUACUACUAGGACAUAAAGAAUGAGGACUAGAGCUAUGCAAUCAGAAAGAUAAGAAGCAGGAGUUUUGAGAUAUUUAUAAACUACUAAAGGAAGAUUAGAUUGGGUCUUAUAAGAAAAUGGAAGAGCAGAAAGAAGAAGAGAAGAAUGGGUAAACUUAGGGUACAAGACAAACUAAAUGUGUUGUGGAACCUAAAAUAGGAGGAAAGGAAAGUGACUGAAGAUUAUUAUCUUAUGCCAGAGAGCAUUAUAAUGAUCAAAUCAGUAUAAGGGUAUUAAACAGGGUCUGUACAGUAUCAAUUGAAACAAAAAGUGAAACUGACACGCCGGUUUAUCUGUCCAAAAGCCACAAUUCCACAACACAAUGGGUAUUGUAUUGUGAAAAGAACCUUAGAAAAUGGGACAAAAGUGCUAAUAUCAUAAUGAGGGAAACAAGCACAAUGUUUCCCCAUGUCUGAAUGCACCCUUAGACUUAGGGGGCUACAGAGGCAAUCUAAGAACUGGAAAGGACACCAUACCAGGACUCGAGAAGAUGGGCUCAAUCUUUUGCUGUCAGUUGAAAUGCAUUGACGUGGUGUAGCUUACAGUUCUCGUUGCCAGAUAUAUGGGAAACGAUCAUCACUCACAAGUGGCAAAGCACCAAGUUAUUCAGGUCAGUUCAAACAAAUGCCAGUAAAAACAUCUCUGCAUUCCAGAGAGACAAAGGGGUUGCUUUGCUGCCUUUUUUAGGUGGAAGCUAUUUUAGAAAACUAGCUUAACACUCUAUGCAUAAACUGCUAUAUUCCCCCCCCCCAGUCCUUAUUGUUUUACCUCCAAAACCCAUAUCAUAACUACAUGCACUAGCCUAGGGAUUCUAAAGCUGGAAUCCACAGUAUACUUAAGCCACAUCCAUACCAUACAUUUAAAGCAGUACAAGUAUUAUGCCACAUUCAGUCACCAUGGCUUCCCCACAAAGAAAUGGGAACUGUAGUUUGCUAAGGGUGCUGAGAGUUGUUACGAUUUUUUUAAUGGUUUCCUUUGCAGUAGAUGCAUUGAAAGGGGCUGCACUAGAUGACCCUCUAGGGCUAUUCAGACCACAUUUCUAUGAUGCUAUGGUAUAUAAAUAUUUUUUAAAAAAAUAAAAAUAGGACACUCCUGUUUCCCUCACAGAGCUACAGUUCCCAUUGUGGUUUAACAAUCAACUCUUCACAAACUACAGUUCCCAGAUCCCUUUGAGGAAGCCAUGACUGUUAAAGUGUUAAAGACAAAGGCUUUAAAUGUAUGGUGUAGAUGUUGCCCUGCUGGGUAACUAGGGGGUAAAUUACAUUAAAACACACUAUUUUGAGUAAACAUGGAAACAACUGCAUUGUAAAUCUUGUGCUAUGUCAAGGCUCCUAUGGGUGGACAAAAUCUGUUUGAAUUUCUCAGUCGAGGACUCUUGUUUUAAAGCCUUGUUUGUAUUUCUCUCUCUCCCCCCCCCAUACCUACAGAAAAUUGUCCUCAAAGGCAGCCUAUACUUACAAACCUUUUCAUUUCAAUGUCAUGGCUAAAAUAAGGUUUUUAGAGCGCUCUAAUUCUAUGUUAAAGAAACAAUGAUUAAGGCUUCGGAUGGAGCCAUGGAACUAAUGACCCAGCAGAAAGAAUGGCUCACUCCAGCCUGUCAUUAAUCUUUGUGAAGUGGCCUGCACUAAGGUUAUUAUUAUGAUUACAAAUUGAGGUGUCAUUGCGGGAAUUCUUUAUGGAUACUGCUUAGGGAUAAAGCCAAUAUUUAGGUGUCCAAGUGAGGUAAGCAUGACCAAACACAAAGGAAGAUAGAAUUCUUUAACAGAUGGGGAAUUUCAGCUGCGUGGGGAGAGAGGGGAAGCUGCCAAUCAAGCCAACAGACAAAUUCCAUCUUGGAGGGAUAUUUCCAUCCUAAAUAUUACAGCAGUUACUUAUCCCCAAUUUUCUUUCAUCACUCAGAAACGUCAUUUGUUCUAUGUGUGAGUCCUACUUGGCAGAAACCAUCAGAGCCCUCUCAAUUGCUGGAGCUAUUAGACAGCUUUGUGACUAGAUGUUUUAUUAAAUUCAAGGCCUUCUUAGAGAACUCUCUGACAUCACAAAGGUGUUGCAGGAAAUGUGCUAAUGCAUCUCCCAACGUAUUUUUUUCUUUUGCUAAGACAAACAAGGAAGGGCAAUUUGGGUCAGGACUGCUGCACUUGGGGAGAAGGGGCCAUUCGAGAAUACUUCCCCCUCCAAAGUUAAUAGCAACUUUGUGGGGUGGAGUGUGUGUGUGUAUGAAUCAGGGUCAUGGUGUCAAGGAAGGAAGGUUAUAACCCCUUCCCCUCCCCAUUUUGUACCUGGAUCCAAACUGAAUCAGGGCACUUGAAGUAGUGAAGUUUCUGGAAUAAGGUCUGUUUUGUUUUUGUUGGGGGCAGUGAGUACAUCAUUUUAAAAUUAGGGCACCAUCUGACAGCCUUUGCUUCAGGAAAAAGGAUAUUUUAAGAGAUAACUUGUUUCCCUAGAGCACAAGAGGCCUAUCAUUCCCAACUUGCCAGAUACUUUCUAUUCCAGCUUUAGAAAGCCAAUUAAUCUCUGUGGCAUCUUCAUCCCACAAGUCUAAAGCAAGAAUAACACUUCAGCAGUUCAACGGGGUGCUUGUGAGUAUGUGGUGCUCAGACAGCAGGAUACGAAGGCCAAAAAAAAAAAAGUGGUCAGGAAAAAAGAAGAUGCUUGAACAAAGCAUUUAGUGUAUCAGUUUGCCAGUUAAGAAACGCCAAGGAACCAGGACACUGUUUUCAGCAGUCCUUUGGCGUCUCUGUUAUGAACCUGAUAGCUGUGCUAUUUCUUAUCAUUCAAAUGCAGCGCAGCGAGGUCAUACAGUGCAUUCAGUUGGAUGCUAGCAGCAUGGAGGCAGCUCAAGAGCAUGCGCCAACAACACCUCCUAAUACCCCUGAUCCACGGAGUCCACCGAACCCCGAAACCCUUGCCCCAGGUAAGCCACCGUGGAAUAUCCCAGCCAGACAAACCUCUUAUUUUCCGGGCAAAGUAAAAACAAUCAAAAUUCUUCCAUAGAGGAGACCUACUGUGUGGUAUCUUUAGUGGAAGCAUAGAUGAGUCCCCUAUGACCUCUGUGAGAUGGCCAAUCCAAAAGGUACAAAAGUUACCACAUGAUAACUCUACCUUCACUGUUUUGCAACACAUAAAUCUGCUAUUAAGCUUGAUGGCAUAUCAGCAGCACAAUAUGAAGUAGUCCCAUGUGAAUCAAGGUUGAUUUUUUUUGGUCUUGCAUGAGGGUUAUUCUCCCCAACCCUUUCAUUCAUAGUCCAGAGUGCAAAAUAAGUCAUUUGUAUGUGCAAUUCUUUUCAGCCCUUUUUAUUGUAUGAUUUUAAAUCACCUUGAAAUGAAAAGCAAUUGAUACAUGAAAAGCAAUUCAUAAAAUAAAUGGCAUUAAAAUAAAUCAUGUUCCAUGUUGCCAUCAUAAUAGCAGCAGUUACUGGUUGAGGUUAGAAUAGGAUUUACCUCUAUACAAUCUACAGCACUUGCUAUGGAAAUAUAAAUGCUCUGGUACAAAAGUUCAAGCUUGAAGCAGGAGGUUUGGUUUAUUCUUCUGCAUUUAUUGUGCUAAAACCUGUGAAGGCCCCAAUUCAGUGAGAUUAUAUCUUUGAGUUACUAUCUGUAGAAUGUUGGCACAAAGUUCUUCGGCCUGGAUCUACUAAAUAUGUAGCUUCUUUAUUUGAAACCAACCAUAAAUGAAUAGAUCUUAUUAAAAAGGUCAGGGGAGGUCACACAAACAGAGUUAUCUUAUGCACAACAAAGCUCUGCAAAUCUAUCUGUCUGUUUUGGUUGUUAGGGGAAAUCUUUCAGCGGAUGCAGACUUGACCAAUUAUACAAUAUUUAGCGUGAAAGAAUGUUUGAAAGAAAACCCUUAUACAAGAGUAAAUAGGAGGACAAUUUGGCUCUCUUGUAGCAAGAACAUUUUAUACAGUAGCAAGGACACGUGUUUCCUUUAUCUAGAGGCACUGAGCGACAAAGAAGUCUUUUCUUUGUCUGCCCUUUUCAAAACAAGAACAGAGAGAUUUAUUGGGGCAUAAUUUGUAAACUGAUCACAGCCUUUUUGCCACUUGUGCGACUGCCGCAUAAUGGAUUCAGCACCAUAUUUAUGUAUAGAUUUAUUUAAUUAAGGCUGGAAUCCUACACAAACUUCCCUGAAAGUAAACUGUGCACAGUGAAACUUACACACAAGAAAGCACACAUAAGAACCUGCUGUUAUGAUGUGUACAUUGUACCAAUUACAUGCCCUCUUGGAAGCUUAAUGUUAACUGGCCAAACACAUGCUUAAAUAGCUGGAGGCUACAUGUCAUCAUAAACGUUUUGAAAAUUUGAUCGGCUCAUGUUGAAAUGGGCUUUCCCCUCUCUUAUAGAUGCAUGCAUGCCUUGCAAGGAUAUGUAGAUAAAAAGGUGUCAGUGCAUUUUUUUUUUAAAUGUUGUCUUGGCUUCCCUCCCUAAUUGUCUUUACUUAUAGAAUCUUAGAGCUGGAAGGGACCCAAGGGACAUCUAGUCCACCCCCCCACUAUGCAGGAAUAUCGGCUACUCAUCACAUACUGCACACUUAUUUUCUUCUGAAUCCCACAAUGAUUUCCUCUCUCUCUCCAUUUCUUUCCCUAUGCUUCAGGCAGGCUGCCUGUCUUUUAAAUUUUAUUUUUCAAAUAUCUUCCAAGUUGAUAUGAUUAGACAUUUGUUUCGCACCUUAUUAUUAUUUUAAAACCCUCAAAAAACCCUCAAGUUGUUUUUUAAAAAAACUUUAAAAACUGCUCUGGGACGUGAAGAGCCAGUGGCUUCAUGACAUCACAGGAGCCAGCCAAUCAGCUAUGUGCAAACUGUAGCUGGUUUCUGCUGGAAACUAGCCAAACCUGCUUCUCCUGGUCUGGAUCUUACAGGGCAGAUUUUACAUCUGAGCAAUGUGAUUUGAAUGCGGUUCCACAACAGUUUGGCCACACUAGUUGCAUGUGUCUGUACAUACACUUAUUUAUUUCCUUAUGUAAAUAUCUGUAAGCCACGUGUCCCUAACAAGUCCACCCAAAGUGGAGAACAAAAUACAAACAUAAAAAUACAAACAUAUUAUAAUAAAAACUUUUUAAAUCCCAGAAGCUACACCAACCAACAGUACAAUAAAAUAUAAUCCAGUCUUUUCCAGAGCCGCAGCAAUAAAACAACAGCAUGGCCCAUAAAAGACAUCAAUUAAAAGCCAUUUGAAACAGGUGGGCUUUUUAAAGCUUUUAAAAAAACUUAAACUGAUUACUUGAUGUGUUUUGUAGUUUGCUUUGCCCCUGUGUGUUACAAAGCGAGAUCACUGCAGGUAAAUCUCCACGUUUUACAGUGUAUUUUGAAUAUGUGUUAAAUAUGCCAGUGUUGUAUAAAAAAAAAGUUUGAGCACAUGAGAUGAGAGUUUUCCACUCACAGUCUUCUACCUUUCUCUCCAUCACCCAAGAUAUAUUUGUCUAAUACUGCCACAGCUGAAAUUCUAUUAAAUCCUUAGACUUUUCUUGCCAGAGUUAAUCCAUUGUUUACAACAGAAUUUAGAAGAGCAGCAUUGAGGAGUGUGGCUGAAACCACAAUCUUAAUCAAAUUAUCUUUAAGUGACAAUUAAUGUAGAACCUCUUAUGCGGUGCCAGGGGGACAUGGUGAGAAUGAGUUGGAAUGUUGCGUGAGACAGUUGGGAGGUUGCUACUGCAAAAUCCAAACACGGUGUAUAAUUUUCCUCUUGAAGGAUAUUCUGGACCACUGAAGACAAUUCCUCCUGAGAGGUUCAACACUACAUCUGUGCCAAAGUACUAUCAAUCACCUUGGAUUGAAGCCAUCAGCAACGACCCAGAGCUGUUGGAGGCCUUAUACCCCAAACUGUUUAAGCCUGAAGCAAAGCCAGAGCUGCCUGACUUUAAGAGCUUUAACAGGUAAUUUUGACCAAUAAAUAAAUACAAAAAUGCCAAGUUUUAUAAGAGAUGGAUUUGUGUGGAAACUGUGGCUUGGAGCCUAAGACAAAAGAAUGGAAGAAAGUUUGCAGAAAGAAAGUUUGCCUCCCCCCUCACACUGCACCCCAUCACACAUAGUUCAAGGGGGGGGGGCCUAAGCCUCCAGAGAAGCUUCUGGGAGAACUGAAAACUUUUCUUCUGUAUAUUUAAUUCCAUUAAUGUAUCAAGCCCCUCACCCUUUGAUCCAGGAUUGCUCUAAAUUCAGGAACUAACACGUAUGUGUGCACUAUCAGACUUAGAAUAAACAGAAUAGGCUGUAUCACAUGCUGAGAUUCCCCUACACUAGAGGUGCCACAACCACCAUUUUGUCUGCCAUGAGGCCAAUGAGUAAGACCGGUUAAGAUAUUGGCACACAUAUUUUUAUAGGCAUUAUAUCCUCCCUCUAUCUCUUGGUUUAUAGAUAUGCAAAUUGUGGUUUGGGAGUUGGGAUCUAAUCCCACAAAGAUCUGAGGCAGGCGCAGUUGCCACACAUGUUCCUCUCUGUCCCUUAAGGAAUCUGAGAGCUCACAACGUCACUAGAUAAUCUUUAGUCAACAAGAAGCUGAAUUUCUGCGCUUGUUUAUACCUUUUUUUUAAAAACCCCACAUUUUCAGACUUUUAAAAUCCAGCAAAAAGCUGGUGAAAUUCUUGUGAAAAUAAAAUCUAGGUACAGUAUUGCAUACAAAGAGCCGAGUGUACUAACGGCAAGAGAUAAACAGAGAAAGAAAAUGUUUACGUUUCAAAUGGUGUCCUUUGGCUUUUAGCAGAAGCUCUAGAUGUGUUGACAUUGACUGGAAGUAUUUUGGGAACAUUUUUACAAAACACCCAGGCUGUGGCGCAUGCUUAUUCAAACUUGAUACAGUAAUUUCAUUUAUUGAAACAGUGCGUGUGGUGUGUGUGUUUUUUUCCCUUUAAUGAAUAGCUUGCAUUUAAUUCCAAGUGACUAACACAACACAAAAAAUCCUUUCAGAAAGCAAAAGGUAGCAGUCCAUUGCUACAGAAAACAGGAAGCAGGCACUGCAUGCCUUUAGCAGCUGGUCAAGACUAGUAUUUCCAUUCUGCAGAAUCAAAGGAAGCAAAUGUCUCAAAGUAAGGAGUGAGGUGGCUGGCAACUGGAGCCCUACCACACUGUACCUGGCAUAGAGAUAACCACAAUCUGGUCCGCCAUUAUCAACAGGGAGCCUCUGAUUCCUCCUGCAGCUGCCACCAACUUCUCUCAUAGACUGCCAAGAUCCACCCUCAUUCAGAAGGCUAUGCAGUGGUGGGGGGGGGGGACACAUGGGCAGCGUAAAGUUGGGUAGCUGUUUCUUGCCACCUUGGAGACACGCAGUAGGAUGAGGAAGGGGGAGAGGAAGAUGCCAUAUAUGGCAAAACGUGGUACUGGCUGUUCCUCCCGAGGAUAUGGUCUCUUCAUAAAAUGAUGCAACAGAUGCUGAUGGAAGUGAUCUCAUAAUUGCAUAAGCUAUGAAUCAAGACAAAGGCCCCAUUCAGAUGUAACAAAACGAUACGGCUUGUUGUUGUUACAAGACCAGGCUGGGGGUGAACAUUGAGCUCACGUACCCCCCUUCCCCACACAAACAAAGAAGCGCAGUGGGGAGCAAGCAAGCCUGAGGCUUACCCUGACACACUCUCACAAGAACAAACCAUGGUUUGCUACAGCUGAGUGUCCUGUGACACUUAAAGGCAAAGGGUACAGUACAACUAAUGUUGAACAUGCCCAUCUAUCUCCCAUAGGGUCCAAGCUGGAGUGAAAAGUGUGUAACUCGACUGUGUUGUGCUGCAAGGCUGCGAACCUGACCACAGAUGGCCUCACUGAAGCCACUAAGAUUUGGCCUGAAUAUAAGCCACACUUUCCCCCCAAAUUCCAACUGUGGAAAGUUAAAGUGCAGCUUAUAUUCGUGACCUUACAGUAUGCAGCCAGGAGCGCGGGGCAAACUGCAACAGGAGCGUGGCGAAGUAGCACCCACCCCACAUGUAGUCCCCCGUCCUCUCCCCCAAGGCCGGGAAGGAAGAGAGCGAGGAAGGGGAAAGGCCGCCAGCAACACAGCAUGGCUCCUCCCCGCCCCCGGCCAGCGUGCAGUUAGGAGCAGCAAGGAAUUAAGCAGCUUAUAUCGGGGUCUUUUUUCUCCCCCCUCUCCAAUUUUAAAGGUGUACCUUAUGUUCGGGUGCAGCUUAUAUUCGGGCUAAUACAUCAAUAAGCCUAGUUGUUCUCAAGACCCCAACUCCUCUGAUAUUAUUUUACUGAUAACCUGAGUCUUUCGGUGCAAGAGCCUACUUUGAAAUCAUGGAAAUGGUGGGAGUAAAGAAGCCCAAAAAGACACUCAGAGCAAAUUUGGGGCAGCGAGGGGAACAUACCAAGCAUACAGUUAAGGCAACCCAGCUGAAAUUGUGGGAAACUGAAAGCAAUGAUUGGGGUGGGGUGAGAACAGGGCAAGUAUUUUAAACAAAAGCAAAAACCCACAACUCCUCGCAUAUAUUUCUUUCUGUCGGAUUUCUACUCGGCUGAAUAUAAAAGUCCAACAACCAAAUGCCUAUUUUUAGGCUCUAUACUCUCCAGUCAUUAUAAGUAAUUAAUCUGAUUACUGUUUCGGGAAAAAUGCAGAAAAUGACAUCACCUUCAAGAGACCCCAGUGAUAUAAUAGUGACACCACUCUUUCAGUGAGUCAGGCCCUUCUGCUGGCGUUGUGUCACUGCAGGAAGAAAUAUUUCCAGGAAUUGUAAUUCUGGGUUUUUCACAUCAGACACAGACUCAUUCCUGAUCAUCGAACUGUGAAGGCCAACUCCCACUUCUGAACCUGUUAAAAAAAAAAAAAAGCUUUACACCAGGAAAGCAAUGUGUGUUUCUAAUCAGCUGCUAUUAUUGACUUUAAUAGAAUGGGCUCAGAUAAAAAGACUGAAUUCAGCUGCAACAUCCCCUCAGUUAUCAGGCACUACCAUAUUGGUGUAGUGUUCACAUCCGGCUGUGACAAUUCAUAACAAACCUGGAAUGGAUUCAGAAGACAGCUAAAAGGAUCCAAGAGACCUAGGAGGAAAAUGUUAUUUAUUAUUACUUCAUUUAUUUAUUUUUGAAAAAACGUAUGAGUCACAGUCUCUGCCACAAUAGGACCCAAACCAAUGCACAGCACCUCAAACAACAAAAGCCAUAAAAGGCAGCAUAAAACACACUAAAACUAUAAAGCAGUCAAAACAUACAAAGCAGUUGCUGAAAUAAGGUCAAGAUUAUCUAAACCCGAUAAGCAGCAUCAGCAGAAAAAAGUAAAUAAACUAUGUAAUCCUAAAUGUUUGUUUAGAAAUGUCUUACUGAAUUCAAUGGGACUUCCACUUAGGUGGGUAUAGGAUUGCAGACCAAGCAACUCAAAGGCCUGGAAACAACUUACAAAACAAAACAAACAAAACAAAACAAGAAGUGAGAAGAUUAUUCACUUGGCAGCAAAAAGAAAUAAAAAUUCAAGUGGAUAUUUGUGGGACAAGUGUUCCAGCAUAUGGACGCUGAAUUUGACCCAUCCUCUCUGAGAGAGAAAAAAGAUGUUACAUUAAUGAUGAGAAUACAAUUAGUACACACCUUUGUUACAUCAGCAGUAAUUUUGGCAGAGCUUGAUCACCUCAGAAUUGUGUGGAAUGUGGCGGGCAAGUUCAGCGCUCUCUGUGCUAUGGUUCUGACAAAAGUUACUUUUCUGAUAUUUGUAUGUCAAGGGAAACCCCCACUGGUGCCAGUGGGAGCUUCCCUUGAAAUCCAAACAGCAGCAUCAGAGACAAGAUGUUGAGACUGCGGCAGGAAAAGAUAAGGGUUAAACUCUUCAUCCCCAUGGACUGAAGACUGCCCACCUGUCUCCACUGCUGCUAUUUACAUAACAACAAAAAUACUUGUUAAUGACAUUCACACAAUAAAUAGAUGCCUAGUUUGGCCCAGACAGAGGGAACAGGCAUCAUGUUGGCCAUUAUUAUUAAUUAUUAUUAUUACUACUACUACUACUACUACUACUACCCUGCCUUUUCCCUAAUAGGAAACCUGUGUUAUCCUUGACUUAAGGCACCUCAAAACUCUCUUGACUGAUUGUUUUUAAUUAUGCAAUGAAUUGGGGAGGAAAUUUCCUCCACCUUUAUUAUCAUUUUUCCCAAGAAGGAAAACUAUCCAAAAGAAGAACUCUUGGUGAGAAGUGAGGCACCACAGAAUGCCUGGAUGUAACAAGAAGCAGGCUUGACCGGUUAUGCCUCCCUCCCUUGUCAGUGAAGCAAAGUUCCCCUCCUGAAAUGGAUUGUUUUCAAAGCACUAGAAGGAAUCCAGUCCAUCUGGAUGUCGUUCUGUGUUACUGCACUGAACGCAGCAGCCCAACUCCUCAAGCUGCAAAACCAUCUCCAGCAGGUUGCCAUGUACUACAUGUGCGCCACAAGCUUUUAAGCCACUGAUUCCACAAUAGUAAUUUAUCCAAAUCUGCAUCCUUUUCUUCUAUUGCAAUGUAAAGUUGCUUUUCCCACACUGAUUGCUUGGUAGCCAUUGCUUUUUGCAAGAACUGCUAGACACUGUUGUUGACCAUACCAAGAAGGGGGAAAAUGAUGGGGGGGGGGGCAGAAAUAAGGUACAAGAAAUAUAGUGGUGUUGAGGAAGGGCUGUAGUUCAGUGGUAGAGCAUGUGCUUUGCAUGUGAAAGCUUCCAGGUUCAAUCUCUAGCAUCUCUAUGCAGGGCUAGGAGAGAUCCCUGUCUGAAAUCUUGGAGACCCACUGCCAGUCAUUGUCGACAUCGCUGAGCUAAAUGGAUCCAUGAUCUAAUCCAGUACAGUGGUACCUCGGGUUACAUAUGUUUCAGGUUACAUACACUUCAGGUUACAGACUCUGUUAACCCAGAAAUAGUGCUUCAGGUUAAGCACUUUGCUUCAGGAUGAGAACAGAAAUCGUGCUCCAACGGUGCAGCAGCAGCAGGAGGCCCCAUAAGCUAAAGUGGUGCUUCAGGUUAAGAACAGUUUCAGGUUAAGAACGGACCUCCGGAACGAAUUAAGUACUUAAUCUGAGGUACCACUAUAUCAGCCAGCUUCCCAUGUUUCUAUUAGAAGAAAAAAGUUAAAACUGGAUACCACCUCCUUCAAAUGUUUUAUCAGUUCACAAAGACCAACACUGGUGCUCUCUGAGCUAGAUUUGAAACACAGGAACUGAACUGCAUUUCAUGAAACACACAACAAUGUUUGUGUUCUAACCUACAAUUAUAUAUGAUUAAUCAUUCCUGGUUGUUGUGUAACUACAUUGCAUAUGUAUGGUCACCUGCUUUCGCAAGUCACAAAACUGGGAAAUGAACCUAAGCUCAGGCUAAUUUUUUGCUGUGUAAAAGACUGCACUUCUCUAUUACAAUCAACAAGCUUUAUUAUGCUGGGUUUUGAUUGUAUACAAUGAGUCAGAUUCAAAUUACAUGUUUUGCUUUCAUAAAAUGUAGGGCAUUACAACUCCUUGACAUCAUCCAAAUGAUUGCUUCAGAAGAUUUACUCUUGAACUUUAACUAAUUAAUUACUCUGCUCUUCUUUAUGUUGAUCCCUAUCCAGAAAACGUGUAUUCUGAACAUUUGAUCUAGUUGUAACACAUUUUGUUUUUAAGAAGGUACUUCUUUUAACAUUAGAAAGCUAUUUCCUGACCUUUCAGAAAUCUGCCUGUAAUAUCCAAGACUGAAGGUUACGAGGAACCAGACAGCUCAUGUGUAUAUUUUUGGCAAUGCCAUUAGGAAACAAUGACAAUAUGUUAUGAAAUAGAACUUACAUAUGAAGCUGUCUUAAAAUGAGUCAAAGCAUUGCUCCAUCUAGACUAGGACUGUUGUCUCUGACCAUUUCUAGUAAGAGAUUACAGUGGUACCUCAGGUUACAUAUGCUUCAGGUUACAGACUCCGCUAACCCAGAAAUAGUACCUUGGGUUAAGAACUUUGCUUCAGGAUGAGAACAGAAAUCGUGCUCUGGCGGCAUGGCAGCAGCGGGAGGCCCCAUUAGCUAAAGUGGUGCUUCAGGUUAAGAACAGUUUCAGGUUAAGAACGGACCUCCGGAACGAAUGAAGUACUUAACCCAAGGUACCACUGUAGUUACACACACCUUUGCACCAAUGAGUUUCAACUACAGUAUUAACUUUUCUAAAGCAAUUCAGCUGAAUUGUUCAAGGUUUUUCUGUAAGGUAGCAUGCUUAUUUCCAUUCAAAUCAUCAUUAUUAGAGAGAACGGAAUAGUAAAUCCCUUACAGCUACAGUUCUUGCGGUGGUUUAUUGUCUGAUACACACUGAACUCUUGCUGCCUUCUCUCAAUGAAGUGGUUUGUUCCAGUGUUGCUAGACUUGAUGAGAUAUCUGCAUCACCUUGGUCAGCUCGCACUCCUUCUACCACAGUUCCACCCCAGGUGUAAAAUGGGGAUGCUAGUGCCCUACUUCAAAAGGUUGCCAUGAGGAUUAGUGAGAUAACGCCUACCUACCAACUAAAAAGUACUACGGAGGAAACCAGUAACAAGUGCUUCAAAAGAAAAACCAUAUGAAUGUUCUGAAAUACCCCUUUUAAUUGUAGGUUCAAAGCAGAGUGAGUAUAUGUUUUGAUUCACCUUUCCUUUACUCUUGUCCCCGUCGUCCAGAGUUGCCACUCCUUUUGGUGGUUUUGAGAGAGCAUCGAAACUGGUUAAGUUCAAGGUACCAGAUUUCAACUUCCUCCUGCUAAAUGAUCCACGAUUUAUGGUCCUUGCCAAUCCUCUUUCUACCAGGCGGUCUUUCAACAGGACUCCUAAAGGAUGGACCUCUGAGAAUAUUCCCAUAAUGAUAACUAUACACCCUACAGAGGUAAAUGGCGUUCCAGAAACAGAUGAUCUGUGAAGAGAGAGUGGAGCACUCCACACACAUCAGAAUCAGUCUGGUGAUACUCUGAUCUUUCAACAUGUGCUACAUCAUUUUCUUAUGCAGCUAAAAUGUAAUACCAUCUGAUGCUGUUAACAGUUUCUGAAGUUAAGUUUGUUCUACUAACACAAAUAAAAUAACUUGCCCAUUACCUUUGAAAAACUAGUUUUGCCUCUCUCUCUUUUAUUUCUCUAGCUCCUCUUUGCUCUUUCUGUUCAUUAUCUGGCUUGAUUUUACAUUGUUGCAUUUUCCUAUUAAAAGGGGAAGUGAUAAAAAUUAUACUUUCAUGUUACUAGUUUAUUUGUCAAUUCUGUUUUGGGCAGACUUGCUUACAGAGAUACUGGCAGAACUGUGAAAGAAAAAUAUUUGGCUAUUGAUUCUAUGAAGGAAAUGUGGUCUUCUGCCAUCCUCUGUGAAAAUCAAUUUAUUACUGAGUGUUAUUCUGAACAAGGUGUGUCUAUAUAAACAGGAAUAAAAACAAUAUGUGUAAAUAAAACAAAAUAGAGGAUUAAAUGCUUGAGAAACUCUCCCAGUGUAAACGCAUAUGUUUGUUUGACCGAUACAUACAGCAGUUUAACAGCAUAGGAUUAGCAUAAAAUGUUGCUGUGAAUGAUACAAGAAUGGACUGAAAUUUUACCAAAAAAGCACUAGAUCAUGUUUAACGUAAAAUAAGGGAAUAUAUAUCAAAGAACAAUGCUAAUUCCUUAUUCAGAAAGUAACAUAUUUUGCAUGAAGGAAUAGUUACAGUAUUUUUCGCUCUAUAAGACGCACCAGACCACAAGAUGCACCUAGUUUUUGGAGAAGGAAAACAAGAAAAAAAAAUAUUAUGAAUCUCAGAAGCCAGAACAGCAAGAGGGAUCGCUGCGCAGUGAAAGCAGCAAUCCCUCUUGCAGUUCUGGCUUCUGUGAUAGCUGCGCAGCCUGCAUUUGCUCCAUAAGACGCACACACAUUUCCCCUUACUUUUUAGGAGGGAAAAAGUGAGUCUUAUAGAGCAAAAAAUACGGCAAUUGAAUCUUUUAAAAAUGUAUAUUAGAGACAAUAAAACCUUUGCAUGUUGUUUCCAAAACAGUGUAAAGUUGCAUUUUAAUAUAAGUUUAAUUUGAUUAAGCCAAUUGUGAAUGUUUGCAGCUUUAAUAACUUUUUGUGUACGUAAGAUCAAUUUUGAAAGUGCACUUUAAAACAAAAUUUGCCAUCAGCCUUCAGGUUGAUGCUCACAUUAUACUCUUGCGGAUGCUUGCAGACGCUGAGGUCCCAUGUGUCAGGAAAGACGUCGUUUGCAUCAUAGCAUCAUGCAGAUCUUAUUUGUGUAUGGAUCUGCACAUGGCUGGGAUCCCCAGCAGUUGGCAGAGUUAUGCAGUUGCACAAGUAAUAUCUACAUGUGACAGGCCUUAUAAAAAUGACAUCAUCUGUAAGUUAAGCAUUGAUUAAGUAAAUGAAAUGCUUUAGUAGACUUGUGUUUUCAAAACCAGUUUUGCUGUGAUAGUGAUGCAUGCUGCUGCGUCAAUAGUGAAAUAAGGACCAGAUGCAAUAGAGGUGACAUAAUAAGAGUAACAACAAAGUCUUGCGGCACCUGAAAGGCGAGCAACUUUACUGUGAUGUAAGCUUGCUCAUGGUCAGGAGCCCACUUCAUCAGGUGAAUGACGUGGUCACCUACGUGAAACGUGUGAAACAGAGAAUGUGAAACUUUUGAAGGAUGAAGAAUGUUGAAUCAAUGGAUAACAAAUGAGAAUACACCAUAAAAGUAAUGAAUGGGAUGCGCCUUUUCCCCUGCUUUUACAGAGGAUGCAUGCACAGGUCACAUUUGAACCUUUGCGCUACAAAAUAUGGUCUGUAAAUUCAACUUCUAAUUUUAUUGUGAAGGAGCACCAGGAACCAACACUGCUCUGGAAAAUAAAGCAGGCACCAAUUUGUAAGAGCUCUUAAGCCAUUGGGGAAUGAAAACAUGUCCACAGAUGGGAGGAGAGUCCCAGCACUAUUAGCUCAUAACAACUCCUGAUUGCAAAGGGAGGAGCAGAGCCUCUCUGUUGGUUCCCAGCUCAUCCUUUGAUCCCUUCUCUAGGCAACAAGCCACUCGCUCCUACUUGCUGCUCAGGCCUCCUACAUGUCCUCUAGCCUUGAUUUGUCCCUUGCUUCUGCUUCUCUGGACCAAGACGCCUCCAACUGUACUCCAGCCUGGUUCCUGAUUUGCUUUUUGCUUCAGUUGCAUGCAAACGACUCAUUUCCUUCUAGCAUUCACCAUGAUUGGGAUUUUUUUCGCCACAUCUUGGUUUAAACCACAAUCAUUGCAAACAUAUUCUAGAUUGUUCAGUGUGGCUGGGUCAACCCAGUAGGAUGGGCGGCUAAUAAUAAUAAUAAUAAUAAUAAUAAUAAUAAAGCAGUGCCUAGAUAAUGCUUCAGGUGGCCAGUUAUUUUUCGCCAAAAUAGUGGAAAUGCAUCACCAACAAAAAAGAGACUGAAGGAUGGCACCAAUUUGUAUGUAAUUUGCAUGAGUUAAUGUAUAUGCAUAGAUACAAAAUAAUUGCUAUAACUUAAAAAGAAAUGCAUCUCACCAUAGAGGUGAACAAGACUGUGGCCAGGUGAGCUGUGUGUGUGUCCAGUCUGUUCCCCAGGAAACCCAGCUAGAUGGGCAGGGUAUAAAUAAACUUCUUCUUCUUCUUCUUCUUCUUCUUCUUCUUCUUCUUCUUCUUCUUCUUCUUCUUCGUUGAAGGGCAACUUCCAGGCUUCCCUAGUCUCCCUUCUUAGGAUUAUUUUCAAAUCACAUUUGGGACCAGACCGUCUUCCUCAUAUAGGUCACCUUUAAGGCAGGACUAUGACCAUCCUAAUCCUGCUCUCGCACUGAGUUUCUCAUGUCUUUGAUAUUGUACACAUGCUAUCCGUGAUGCAACUGCAUGCUGGCAAACAAGCUCGUUUGUGGAGUUUUCAAGAGUGAACUGAACUGACUAUGGAGUUCAAUCCUGUACGUGUUUACCCAGAAGUAAGACUCACAGAGAUUUCAUGGGCCUAUUUAUUUACUUAGAAAGUUUUACACUACUUAAUUUAAUCAUCAUCAUCAUCAUCAUCAUCAUUGCAUUGUUUCAACUUUCUGAUGUUUGCCCCCCGCCACCCAGGUCCUUUGGAAGGAAGGGUGGGAUAGAAAUGUAAGAAAUAUAUAAAUAAAGAGCAACAUUCGAUAACAUUUCCUUAAAGCAGAUAAAGACAAAAUGCAGCUGCACAUCACAAAUAGCACAGGGUACAAAACAAAACAAAAAUCAAGCGUCCAGAAAGCCAGGGUAAACAUAUAUAUAUAGAGAGGGGGGGGUCAUUACUGCCUCUGCUUCACAAAUUACUCAUGGGAGGGCAUUUUAGUAGAUGGGUGCUGUCCACCAAGGCUUGCUUCUGUGUUGUCACCUGUGAUAAUCUGCUGGUGGAUUUCCUUGGAAUAUCUUAAUGAUUAGAUUGCUUUCUAGCAGGGGAGAUGGUUUACUAGGUAUCCUGAUGCCAAGUUGUUUAGGGGUUUUAAAUGUCAACAACAAAACUUUGAACGUGGAUCAACAGGGAAUAGGCAGCCAUUGUAUUAGCAAGCCCUCCGAAAGUCACUCAUGCCAUACACUUUAAGCGCAUUUAAAGCCCAUGGCUUCCCUGAAGGAAUCCUGGGAACUAUAGUUUACUUCUCAUAGAGUUACAAUUCACAGCACCCUUAACCAAUUACAGUUCCCAGGAUUCUUUGGGGAAAGCCACAUGCUUUAAAUACUGUAUAUGGUGUGGAUGUUACCCAAUGCAAGGGGACCUUAAUUUAAUGGGAACUGGAUCCUCUUACCCUCCAAGCAAAAGAAGCAAAAUAUUACCUGGAUAAUUGCACAAAAAGGUGGCUAUCAAUACCAUUCCUAAUCUAUGGUAAUGCAGUUUCCCACAGGUGGGUGAAAAGGCAGGACUGAUACUAUGUAAUCCUUGCAUAAUGUGUUAUUCGCUGGAGUUUUCCAUAUUAAACAUGUAAACCAGUGUAAUCCUAAUUAUGGGUGCACUUUUCUCAUGUCCCAAUAAUUUACAAUCUAUGAUUUGUGGUUAUGAAAAUAAACAAAAAUUGCUUUCC